AUGCAAAUCAAAGCUCUGAGCUCCUUAGCUCGCGGCCAGCCAGGUGUCCUACACCAUAUUACUUCCCGGCUUGUCGCCUUCGAACACACCCGUGGAUCCCCCCGCAAACCACAUACUCUUAUCUUUGUUGGCGGAUUAGGUGAUGGUCUCGGUACAGUCGAAUAUGUAGCGGAUCUGGCAUCUGCACUUGAGGGAACAGAAUGGACAAUCUUCAAUUUGGUUCUGAGUUGUUCCUAUGGGGGUUGGGGCAUGGGCCGACUAGGCCAGGAUAUCGACGAGAUCGCGCAAUGUGUGGACUAUGUUCGAACUUAUAAGGAACCGCAUUAUGGAGCUGGAAAAGUGGUUGUUAUGGGUUCUUCCACGGGUUGCCAAGACGUAAUGCAUUACAUCAAUUGUCCAAAUCCUCGACUUGCACAUCCUAUUUUCGAUCGCGAUUGGACACCUAUCCUACGCCCCGCUAUCGAUGGAGCUAUCAUGCAAUCCCCUGUGUCGGAUCGUGAGGGGAUUCUUCAAGUUCUGAAUGACGGAACCGAGCGUGAUAGUCCCUCUGAGAUGCGUGACCUUUACAACAAGGCCGUGGAAGAGGCGCGAAAAAAAACCUAUGACGAUGGCAAUUCCGUGGAUACUCUUGUACCGUUGUCUGUUACUGGGCGGAUUGGAUAUCCAACCUCGGCACCGGUGAGCAGCCGGCGCUUUUUGAGCUUGACCAGCCCUGACAGUCCAGAAAACCCCGAAGAGGAUGAUCUAUUUAGUUCGGACCUCAGCGACGAGCGCCUUGCUCAGACAUUCGGAAUGGUCGGGGUCAGGGGCCUUCUUAACCAGAAGCUGCUAGUUUUAUAUUCGGGUCGGGACCAAUCUGUUCCUUCCUGGGUCAAUAAGGCUGCGCUUCUCCAACGGUGGGAGAGGGCUAUCGACGUCGGUGGAAUGGAAUAUUGGGACCCAUGCAGUUUGGUCAUCCCCAAUGCUUCCCACCAGCUGAGUGAUCCAGACCAAGAAGAACCGAAACGUAUUUUGGUGCAAAGGGUAACUACAUAUUUACACAGUAUCCAGAGAAGUUGA